AUGUUCAACUUCACACCACUCCUCGGCGCGAGGACCGAGUCGGCAGCCUCGCAGUCGUUGCUGGAGCUCGACGGAGGUAUCAAGAUACUGGUUGAUGUUGGCUGGGAUGAGGCCUUCAAUGCCCAGCGCCUCGAUGCCUUGAGCGAGCAUGUAUCAACACUGUCACUCAUCCUCUUGACACACCCGACUGUCGAGCAUAUCGGAGCCUAUGCUCACUGCUGCAAACACAUCCCUCUGUUCGCGAAGAUCCCCGUCUACGCGACCACGCCCGUGAUCAACCUUGGCGUUACUCUCCUCACCGACCUGUAUGCCUCGGCUCCUCUUGCAGCCUCUGUUAUACCUAGCUCGACAAUCGCUACGAACAAUGCCAGCCCGGCAGAUGCGUCCACAAACUUGCUCCUCGAGCCUCCAACAGCAGACGAUAUAGCAACCUACUUCCACCUCAUCAACCCAUUGAAAUACAGUCAGCCACAUCAGCCGACUGCCUCGUCAUGGUCUCCACCAUUGAACAGCCUGACCAUCACAGCAUAUGGGGCGGGACAUACACUCGGAGGAACAAUAUGGCAUAUUCAGCAUGGCAUGGAGAGCAUAGUCUACGCCGCAGAUUGGAAUCAGGGUCGCGAAAACUUGCUCCCAGGCGCAGCUUUCUUGUCUGGCGGUCAGGAGAUCCUGGAGCCUUUGCAACGACCUACUGCACUUAUCUGCUCAGCGAACGGGGUAGAGCGCAACGAGACACUGGCACGGAAAGACAGAGAUGCAGCCCUUAUCUCACUUGUCCGCGAGACGAUUGCACAAGGUGGAAAAGUCCUCAUACCCACGGACUCUUCCGCCCGGAUGCUGGAGAUCGCCUUCUUGCUCAACGAGGCCUGGCGGGAUGGCCUCGGUGGUCCUCAUGCAGACACAUACCGACCUGCGCGCGUCUAUAUGGCUAGCAAGACUGCGAAGACUACUGUUCGCUACCUUCAAAGUAUGCUAGAGUGGGUGGAAGAGAGCGUGCGUGCCGAAGCUGAAGCAGCGAUGACGAAGAGCAAAGGCCAAGGAGCGUUACGAGAUCCUAUGGACUGGAGGCAUGUUAGGGCGUUAGAAAGGAAGGGGCAGGUCGAUCAGGUGCUUGGACGCGAUAAGCCUUGUGUGCUUCUGACGAGUGAUAAGAGUCUGGAGUGGGGUUUUGCUAGGCAAGGGCUGAAGGCCAUGGCAGGCGAGAGCAGGAAUAUGGUCGUGUUGACUGAAGAGGUACGUACUAUUGAUCCGAGGAGGAAAGGAGUUGGUCGACAGCUGUGGGAGGCGUGGCGAGGAGGGCAGAGUGGGAAGGCGAGUGGCGUGAAGGUCGUGGACGGCAAUGGAGUGCCGAUCGAGUGGGCAGAAAACUCCACGACGGCUCUUGCUGGCGAUGAGCUGGCACUAUGGGAGACAUACCAAGCUCGUCAAAGGCAGCUACACAGCACACUGCAGGGGGACAACACCAUGAUAGACCCCACGAGCGGAGAUCUAGCCGACAAGCAAGCAGCAGGCGAAGAUGAGGCAGCAGAUGCCUCUUCAGACUCUGAGGACGAGGACGAAGAUACAGAACAUCAAGGUCGCGCCCUGAAUCUCUCAGCCCAACUAACGCAGUCCCACAAGCGCCAAAAAGCCGCAGAAGCUCUGACAGAAGGCGAACUAGGCGUUAACGUGCUCCUACGAAGUCAAAAUGCCGUUCACGACUACGAAGUCCGGGGUAAGAAAGGCAGGGAGAAGAUGUUCCCGUUCGUGGCCAAGAAGUCACGGGAAGAUAUCUUCGGUAUUGUGAUUCGAGCAGAGGAUUUCUUGCGAGCGGAGGAGAAAGAUGAUGUGAUGGGUGAGGAUUUGAAGGAUGAUCGCUCGACCGUGGGUGGGAAGAGAAAAUGGAGUGAAGCUGCUGGGGGGCGGGGUGGCAAGGGUGCGCAGCAGGGGAAGAGUAAGAGGGCGAGGGUUGAGGAUGGUGGGAGGGGCAAGAAGGGAGGUGGGCACGAUGAUAUCGAUGCUGCUAUUGCUCGUGCGACGGGCGAAGGUGAUAAAGAGGAUGGCGAGGACGAUUUUGACUCUGAAAGUGAUUACGAGCCUGAAGACUUUGGUGCCGCAGGACCGCAGAAAGUUGUCUCUACCACGCAGGAAUUGCAGCUGCAUCUGAGGAUCGCACAUAUUGACUUUGCUGGUUUGUGUGGUAUGCGAGCACUACAGAUGAUCGUCCCUCUCGUGCGGCCCAAGAAAGUCAUCUUGACUUCUGGAUCCGAAAGCGAGGUCCAGGCUCUGGCGGAGGCGUUGAGGCCGGGUAUGGCGGACGGCACGGAGAUUCUUACACCGAAGGAUGGCGAAAUAGUGGAGGCUGGCGGCGAUAGUAACGCCUGGAGUCUGAAGCUAAGUCGACAGCUAGUCAAGCGAUUGACGUGGCAGAAUGUCAAGGGUCUUGGUGUUGUGGCGCUGACUGGACGACUGGGUGUCGAUCCUACGACUACGCAGAGUAGUGCGGUUGAUGUCAAGGCCGAGACGAAAGAAGAGGAUGAUACACCCAAGAAGAAGAAAGCUCGAUUAGUGAAGGAGGAAGCGGAGCCCGAACAAGCGACAAAAUCAUCAGCGAAACCAGACGAUGCCCAUACCGCCCUCCCUAUCCUCGACCUCCCUUCCUCUUCCUCAGCCUUGGCAUCAAUACAGCAUACCCAGCCCACACGCCCCGUACAUGUAGGAGAUCUUCGACUCGCUUCGCUACGCGAACUCCUUACUUCAUCGGGCCAUACGGCUGUUUUUGCUGGCGAGGGUACGUUGCUCGUCAAUAAUGUUGUCAUUGUUCGGAAGGCCGGUGGUGGGAAUGGGAGGAUAGAGAUUGAGUGUGCGGUUCGAGGGUUGGACGUUGCUGGGCGUAGCCCUGGCGGCGGCAUGGGGGAUGGUGGGACGUUUGGGGCUGUGAAGAGGGCGGUUUAUGGUGGUCUUGCUGUGGUGGCAGGGGUGUGA